AUGGCGGCUAAGUUUGCUCUUACAGCUGCUGCAGCCCUGGCAGUUUCACUCUCUGCCGUCUCGGCGCAAACCUUCCAGAGGCUCGGCACCUGCCCCACGCUGGGGUGCAUUCUUCCCCCAGACCAGCAGGACUUCCUCCCGGGACAGCAGUUCGACAUCCGAUUCGAGGUCCACGCUCCCGUCAACGGCUCGGAGGCGUUCAACGGAGGAGUUCCCGACGACAAGUUCACCGUGACGAUCGAGAAGGACGGCGCGGCUGCAAAGAGCGUCGCCGACUUCUUCAACAAGAAGGAAGCGGACCUCGAGACAUGGAAGUUCUCGUGGUUCGAGGACCUCUUUGCCCAGGAAGCAAAGUCCCCGUCGGUUGUCAAUGUGGCGUCGAAGGUGUACCGCCGCGUUGCUCUGUAUGAGCCGGGCGAGUACACCAUCACUCUCAACUACUACGAUGGGAAGAAGACGGUAGCUCACUGGACCGUGCGGCCUCUUGCUACCAAGAAGAGAGCAAAGAACGUCAUCUUCUUCAUUGGCGACGGAAUGACGUCCAACAUGAUCACGGCGGCACGUCUCCUGGCACACAAGUCGGUCAACGGCAAAUACCAGAGCCUCCUAGCUCUCGACAAGUUCCCAGUCUUGGGUCAUCAGAUGACUCACUCCAUCGACAGUUUCAUCACGGACAGCGCGAACUCGGCCUCGGCUCUGUACUCGGGUCACAAGAGCACCGUCAACGCCAUGGGUGUCUACGCAGACUCGUCUCCUGAUCUAUUUGAUGACCCCAAGGUUGAGACGAUUGUGGAGCUCCUCAAGCGCAUUUGGGGCUCUGCAUGGGGUGCUGUCUCGACUGCCUUCCUGGCGGAUGCCACGCCGAUUGCGCUGACCUCCCACACGCGGUCUCGGUAUGCCUACGGCCCGCUGAUCGACCAGGCCCUGCACGGCCUGACAAACUACUCGUGGACCAACCACGGCGGCCCUGAUGUCUUUUUCGGCGGAGGUGCCGAGCAGUUCCUCCCUGGGUCCGACUCGUACCUCGGCAAGGACUACUACGCCGAGUUCGCCAAGAAGAACUACUCCGUCAGCCUGAACAAGACGUCUCUCCUCCAGGCCUCAAACGACUCCAGGGCGCUCGGCAUCUUCUGCAAGUCCAACCUCCCCGUCUGGCUGGACCGCAACGUCUUCCCCGAGAACCUGGACAGUCUGACCAACGACCCCGCCGGCAACAAGGCCUCCGCCACCGACCUCCCCGGCCUGAAGGAGAUGACCCUCAAGGCCAUCGACGUCCUGCACACCAGGGGCGGCAGCAAGGGUUUCUUCCUUAUGUCCGAAGCCGCCUCGAUCGACAAGCAGAUGCACGUUCUCGACUACGACCGCGCGCUGGGCGACCUCCUCGAGCUGGACGACACUGUGGGGGCCACGAUCCAGCACCUCUCAGACCUGGGCAUCCUAGACGAGACCCUCAUCGUCGUCAGCGCCGACCACGGGCACGGCUUCGACGUCUUCGGCAGCGCCGACACCAAAUACCUGGCGGCCAAGAAGACGGACCGCGAGAAGCGCGGCGCCGUGGGCGUGUACCAGAACUCGGGACUGUCGCAGUACACGGUGGAGCAGCCGGGCGUCAGCUACAACACUGGGCCCAACUUCCCCGUCAAUUGGGACCCGCGCUACGUCAUCGCGUCGGGCCUCGGCGCGAACCCGGACCACCGCGAGAGCUACGGCCUGAACAAGGAGGGGUCGCGUCUGCCCGCGACCAGCGUCGGCGGCGCCAACUUCGUCAACCCCGCCGAUAACCCCGACGGAUUCAUCGUCAACGGCACCUUGCCUACUUCCGAGGCGCAGGGCGUGCACAGCUUGACUGACGUCCCUGUCUACGCGCUGGGGCCGUGCCAGGAGGUGUUUGGUGGCACGUACUCGAAUAUUGAUGUUUUCUAUAAGAUCGCCGACUGCCUUGGUCUCGCGCAGCCGACGAACAGGACGACCUGCGCCAGGUAA